AUUUUCUCCAAUCCUCACACAUUUAACGCGACCAAUCAGCUGGUCAGCUUCAUCUAUUCUUCCAUCCUUGAAUUCUUCUUCUCUUACACAUCACAAAGAUUUCACAUAAGAUGUGGCUUCGUUUGGCCGUGGGAGUAAUGGGUACAUUCAAAUUCAAAUAAUAUAACGCACUCAUAAUAAUUUUAUUAAUUUGUUUCAUUUUUGUUUUAUUGUAUUGUCAGACUAAUAAUAUUUGGAUCGAUCAAUAUUCACUUGCUCUGCAGGAAAUGUCGCCUCUAUGUUGCUUUAUGCAGCCCCAAUGUAAUCUUCCCUUCAACUUAUUACAUUCAUGAACUCAAUUCUAUGAAAUUUGUUAUAGAUAUUGAAUUUUGGUUUCUCUGGCUUGGGUUGGUAGAUUGACUUUUACAAGAGUGGUAAGAAACAAGAGUACGGAAGAGUUCUCCUGCGUUCCCUACGUAAUUGCAUUAUUGAACUGUUUGAUAUAUACCUGGUACGGCUUACCGGUUGUUAGUUAUGGUUGGGAGAACUUCCCUCUGGUCACCAUCAACGGGUUAGGCAUCUUUCUGGAGCUCUCCUUCAUCAUUGUAUACUUCUGUUAUGCUCCAACAUCUCAAAAGAAAAAAGUUGUUAUGGUGACGGUGUUAGUCAUCGUUGCGUUCAGUUCCUCUGCUUUGUUGUCAGCGUAUGCAUUUCACGGUCAUUCCCAGCGGAAGACGUUUGUUGGCAGUAUUGGAUUGAUAGCUUCGGUGGCAAUGUACGGUUCUCCUCUGGUUGCCAUGAGACAAGUCGUUCAAACUAAGAGUGUGGAAUUUAUGCCAUUCUACUUGUCGCUGUUCUCGUUUCUCGCCAGUUCGCUUUGGAUGGCGUACGGAUUGCUUGGCCGUGAUCUUUUCCUCGCGUCCCCUAAUGUGGUUGGAUGCCCUUUAGGCAUAUUUCAGCUUUUGCUCUAUUGCAAGUACAGAAACAAUGGAUUGGUUGAAAAGCCAUCAGCAGUUUGGGACAUUGAAAAAGAUGGUGAUGAGAAAAUCACAGCACAGAUGCAUUUCCAUGAGAAAGUUGUAAAUUCAAAUCAGAUGCAGCUUGAGCAAGAAAAAGAAGUGAGCAUGGCUUAAUCAACAAUUGAUAAACUCCCAUGAUCUCCAGAAGACAGUAAAGGCUUGAUUUUGUAAUUAUUCCGCCACCCCCCCCCCCCCCCCAGAGAGUGUUUGGAAGAGAUAACUGAGUGAGUGAAUGCAACGUUCGAGUACUAUUUGAACUUUGUCCCUUCUCCGUCUCCAUGUAUUGGUGACAGCUUAUAUUUUCAAUCUCAAGCAUUUGGUAUCGGUGACAUCUUCCAUCUCUUUCAGUUUAAUUUUGCAUCAAACUUUACGCUUGUAAAGAUCUCGAAAAAUGGAGAAUUUAAGAACAGUGGAGAAGAUUGCAGUGAAAACAAAUGCAGCUAUACCAUAUCAGGCUGUUAAAAGUGAACAGAGUAGUUUCUAUUCUGCCAAAACCAGAAUAUUGAAUUUAAGCAAAUGAUUCUAUAUUUUCGGUAAGUUGACUGAGAGUUGCAUAAAUCAUGUUUCACCGUGGAUGGGAUCUAUCAUUUACAUGAAAUGUAUGGAUUUGACUAUUUAAAUCAAUCCAGCUACAACCAGGAUCUUUUCUGGCUUCCAUCUCUACCAACAGUUUCUGGGCUUUAAUCUUCUCUUCCCAUUUUCCCAAUGCAGCAUAUAUGUUAGACAUCAACACACAUGUCGAUACAGGCUUAGGGUUCAAAGUGAACAUCUUUUCGGCUACUUCCUCACCCACAUUUAUGUCCAUCCAAGACCAACAAGAAUUUAGCAAUGUAAUCAAGAGAAUUUCAUCAGCAUCGAAUGGCACCUCCUUCAAAAGCUCAUUGGCUUCCACCAGCAAGCCAGAUCGACAGAGAAGAUCCACCACACAAGUGAAAUGCUCCAAUGUGGGGGCUAUACUAUAAUCGCGUUUCAUGAAGCUAAAAAUUCUGGUUCCUUCUCUGACCAAACCGGCACCAUUGCAAGCAGAUAAAACAGCAGUAAAAGUUGCAGAGUUUGGGUUCACUCCUUGUCCCAACAUUCGCUCAAAGAGUAAGAUAGCCUCAGAACCGAGACCAUGAUGGGCGAACCCACAAAUCAGAGAUGUCCAAGCUGCCACAUUAGGACAAGCAAUGCAGGUAAAUGAUGCCUGAGCAUCGCCAAUGCUUCCGCAUUUUGAAUACAUGUCCACCAAAGCUGUACCAACAUAAACAAUAGACUCAAAUGGAGUUUUAAUCAAAUGACCAUGGAUCUGUUGCCCUUGUAAUAGAGAACCCAGACAAGAGCAUGCACGAAGCAGAGCAGAAAAUGUCGAUCUACUGCGGGGUAUUGACAGCCUACACAUGUCUAUAUAUAGUUUGAUUGCAAUUUCGUGUUGAUCAUUUUCAAUAUAUCCAGAAAUCAUUGAGUUCCAUGUCACGGGACUUCCCUCUGCUUUGAUUUCCUCAAAAAGAUGUAAAGCAUUAUGAACUUCCCCGGACUUGGAAAGCACAUGAAUCAUAAUAUUCAUGCAAUUUAAGCAUCUAUCUGGCAUUCCAAGAAAUAAGGUCUUUGCAUCCUCCAGUCGACCAUGCAAUGCAUAUCCCUUGAUCAUCAAACUACAUGAAACUGAAUUCCUAUCAACUAGUCCACUAAAAAUGAUCUCUGCUUCCUUAAUCCUACCCAAAGUUAUAAGAGCUCUUAUCAAAUUGUUUGAGAUGUUCAAACACGGAUUAUCCAGUGUAUCAUAAACUUGUUUGGCUUCAUCAACAACUCCACUACUACAGUAGAAGUCCACAAGGGCACCACUACGCGAAAGUUCAUAUUCAUAACCAAACUUAAUGAUAAGCGCGUGCAUAGAUUUUCCAUCCGGCAAAGCGCCCAGUCUUCCACAUGCCCUGAUACCAGAAUCUAGGGUUAACUCAUUAGGGACUGCUUCAUCACUAACUUGCAUCCUUUGAAACAAUUCCAGAGCCAUCUUACACCCCUCAUCACUCCUUGAAUAUCCCGAGAUCAACGUAGUCCAUUCGACAACACCCCGGCGCGGCAUCUUGCUAAAGAAACUCAACGCAUCACUCAUGAGAUUGCAUUGGACAUAUGCCAUAAGCAUAGUGCUCCAUAACAAUCCAUUGUUCUCGUGUAACUCAUCAAAUACUCGCCUAGCAUCUCCGAUACGGUAACAAUUAGCAUAGAAGCUCAACAGCGAACUCCCCACACACUCAAAAUCCUCAAAACCAGAUUUGAUAACCAAACAAUGAAUUUGGUGACCUCCCCGGGAUAAUCUUACACCGGCACAAACACGCAGUGCUGACGAACAAGUAAUAUUGUUCACCUCCACUCUGGAGUGAUGCAUCAGAGAGAGCAACGAAAGAGCUUGGUUAUACUGUCUCCAUUUGAAGUAGGCAGAGACCAUAAUGUUCCAUGAGACAGCUGUUCGGUCACGCAUUUCAUCGAACAGCUUCCGGGCCUGUUCCACUUGGCCGUUCUUGACGUACAAAGUCAUAGUAAUGUUGGUGGAUUUGAUGGCAUUAUAAUGGGUCGGAGAAGGGGAUACCUGAGGUGUUUCCGAUUGAGCGUAACAUAAUCUCGAAAUGCUUUUCCAGCGCCGAUGUUUCCAGCUGCUACACAGAGAAGAGGACUUGAGAACCAUAUUGUCUCAUGUAUGCUUUAGCUGAAUGCGUCACGAAGUUGUCUUCCUCCGGGGAAUCUGAAGCCAAUUCAGGUUAUUUUGAGCCAUUUUCGGUUACAUAACAAGAAGGCGUCGCCGCGUCGAGUGGUGGCGCGCUAUAUAGAAUUUGGCUUAACGACUCAUAACUCAUAUGACAUGGAAAAGGCGUUGAAAUUGGAUAUUUAAAUGGUACAAGAAUCAACGGUAAACUAGUUCGUAGUUUGUAAUGGGGGCC